CCUCUCUCAUGCAUCUUGUUAUGCUUAAUAACAUUGCCUCUUUGGGAGAACCUUUUCAGGCAUAUCUUUCAUUGAUACGGCUUUUCCCCAGUGUGCUUCCUGAUGUGGUCUAGUAAAUCCCAUGUUUUGUUGCAAACUUUAUUACAAUUCCCGUAUCUUCAAAUAAGGACUGUGUUGGUCCUCAUCGUCUUAUCGUUAAAGAUGUAUUUUCUUUCAUAUUUGUACCCUUUCAGCCUCUCGAUUUCUUCAAGAGGAGUCUGCUUCAUCUUCAUCUUCUGCUGCAAAUAUUCCUGGCUGAGGUUUCUUUGAGUUUGUGAAGAAGUGCUCGGAGAAGAACAAUCUGACUUGUUUUCCUCUAAUUUCCUAUAUCAUUGUUAAUAACUAAAAAGAAGAACUAAAUAUUUGAAUUCUGAGUGUAGCUUA